CAGAAGGAGAGAGGGGUUGAAAAACAAUAGUUGAACAACAGUGCAGGGCUGAACGCAGGAUCCCCAGCCUCUGUGGAUACCCCUGCUGCCUUUCUGCUGCUGUGGAGCGCUGAAGACCGUAGUGGGACGCAGCAGGAGGGAGAUGGAGCGGCUCGGCCAGACGACCCCCCCGUACCAGUUUCCUCUUCUCCCUUCAACGCUGUGACCUCGAACCUCCACCGUGCCGUCAGCCAACAACGAGAGGGACAAAGACAUCCCUCCUGGAGAGACGCUGAAAGAGAGCUACGGCGCAAGAGAGGGACCUGAAGAGAAAGACAGAGAGAGAGAGAGAGAGAGGAGAAAACAAAGAGAGACAGAGUGGCGUGUCGGACAUCACGUGAGCAUCGCGAGCAUCUCGAGUCUCCGAGCGGCCGAUCAUGAGGCCCUCCAUGUCCUCGGGCCCCCCCUCCGGAUUGCUGCUGGUCCUGGUGUGCUGCCCCCUGCUGGGCUUAGCCCAAGCUGCCAGCAGCAACAAGGCCAGCGACAACGGACACCCACACCUGGGAGACACCGACCCAGAGCGCUGCAUGAGGCACCACUUUGUAGAGACGAUCACGCACCCCAUCUACAAAUGCAAUUCCAAGAUGGUGUUGCUGGCUCGCUGCGAGGGCCACUGCAGCCACACGUCCCGCUCCGACCCCCUCAUCUCCUUCAGCUCCGUGCUCAAGCAGCCCUUCAAGAGCACCUGCUCCUGCUGCCGGCCGCACACCUCCAAGCUGAAGGCCGUGAGGCUGCGCUGCGCCGGCGGGACGCGCAUAACCGCCACAUACAGAUACAUCCUGGCCUGCAACUGCGAGGAGUGCAGCUGAGCGGGGCGGCGGAGUCCUUCCAAGCCACAAAAACUCUCUAGACCCCGCAUCCUCUCACUCCCCAGGCUUUGCCCUAACACUAUCCAGAGCCCUUUGGUAGAUUGUUAAGUCAAAAACUGGCCACAGAGGACAGCAACUCAAGAUGGUUGUUGUUAUCUUGAGAGUAAUAGCUUUGAACAGUUAUACCACCCUCAUGUAGGCCUUUAAACUGACCAGUCACCCUUGGGAUCUGGACAGCACGGGACAGAAAACAUAUCCUCACCACUUAUAAGUUGUCCCACAUGGUUCCUCAUCAUGUAGCCCUAAGUACAGUAUGGACCUUCAACCAGAGCAAACCAUAUGGAAGCUGGUUUUCCCGGCACACAAGGCCAGACACUGCAAACCACUGGAGGCCAUCCUCACCGCGGAGAAGCUCUACGCUCAGCACAGGCUUCAGUAAUUCAUAACACACACGCACGCAGUCCACAAAAACACAGUAUGAGAGCUCAUUAUGAACGUCAACAAGGCUGUGCUGCCAGCGCCGUAAAAACCCCACCAACAUUUGACAACAAAACAACAUGCCUCAUUAAAAAGCAGCUUGGGAGAGGACGAAGCAUGAUGAGAGCACGCGGGUCCAUAUAAGCCCAGACAUGUGGAGGAUCUACAGAGAAAAACGCCUGCACUGUGUUCCUCCACUUGCUUUACCUGCCCAAUAAACAUUUUACACACUCCCUGCAGACUUUCAUCUAGCUGUGUAAAACAUGACCAACAUUGACAGGAGAGCUCAUCAGGCAGAGGACAAUUACAAAACCAGUGUGAUGGGAGCUCUGUGGGUAUAAAAAAAAAAAAAAAAAAAAAUAGGACUGAGGA